AUGAUCGGAGCCAGAAGACUCCUUCAGCGACGCUCACCUGUCUGCUCAUCAAUCGCUCUGCACAUCUGUCACCUGAUCACCUGUCUGCCGUCCUCUGAUAGGUCAACCUAUUUACCUGUACGCUCUGCCAGUAUGAUGUUGACCAGGUAAGACAUUUUUGCUUCUUGUUUGUGAUUGAUUAGUGUAAAUACCAAUAAGUGAAAAUCAAAAUAAUCCGACCACUCAGAUAAAUAUGUGUGACCAGAUCGUCUUUAACUUCAAAACAGGCAAACAGAGAGAGAGAGAGAGAGAGAGAGAGAGAGAGAGAGAGAGAGAGAGAGAGAGAGAGAGAGAGAGAGAGAGAGAGAGAGAGAGAGAGAGAGACAGAGAAAGAGAGAAGGAGGCAGAGAGAGAGACAAAAAGAUAGAAAGAUAGAGAGAGAGAGAGAUGGGGGCAGAGAGAGAGAGAGAGAAAGACAAAGAGGGAGAGAGAGACAGAGAGACACAGAGUGAGAAAUGGAGAGAGAGAGAAAGAGAGAGGGAGCGGGAGAGAGACAGAGGUAGGGGGAGAUUGAUUUUUUAAUCUACUUUAUUUGUCGGUUAAUUCAAACAAUCAAUCACACACAGUCAAAAAAUUAAUACAUAAAUAAAUAAAAAAUGACAUGACCACAUCUUCAAACUGUAAAAUAUUUCCUGCUAUUGAGCACAACAAGGGAGGGAGAGAGAGACAGAGAAAGAGAGAGAGAGGCAGAGAGAGAGAGAGAGAGACAAAAAGAUAGAAAGAGAGAGAUGAGGAGGCAGAGAGAGAGAGAGAGAGAGAGAUGAGGAGGCAGAGAGAUAUUUUUUAUUUUAAAAAGCCCUUUAUUUAAAAUACCACAGAGCGGAUCGCAUCAACAACAAAAACCAAAACAACAAAAAUACAAACAAACCAGUAUGAAACCAAGUUACUGUCUGUCGUUAUAAAAUAUUACAGCCAAACACAAUCUGGACACUCAAAAAUUUGAAACUAAAGAGUUCUCCAUGACCGAACACUAAGAGAGAGACAAAGAGAGAGAGAGAGAGAGAGAGAGAGAGAGAGAGAGAGAGAGAGAGAGAGAGUGACAGAGAGAGACAGGGAGAGAGAGAGAGAGAGAGAGAGAGAGAGAGAGAGUGACAGAGAGAGACAGGGAGAGAGAGAGAGAGAGAGAGAGAGAGAGAGAGAGAGAGAGAGAGAGAGAGAGAGAGAGAGAGAGAGAGAGAGAGAGAGAGAGAGAGUGACAGAGAGAGACAGGGAGAGAGAGAGAGAGAUAAGUAGGGGGAGGAGAGAGAGAAAGGGAGAGAGACAGCGUGAGAGAGAGAGAGAGAGAGAGAGAGAGAGAGAGAGAGAGAGGGGAAGAGAGUAAGAGAGAGAGAUGGAGAGAGAGAGAGAAAGCGAGAGAGAGAGACAGAGAGAGAGACAGGGAGAGAGAGAGAGGGAGAGAUUUUUUUUUUUGAUUUUUCAACACAACUUUAUUCAAGUCAUUUUUUAUAACAUCAAUUCAGAAUCAUAUAAAUAUAUAUAUAUAUAUAUAUAUAUAUAUAUAUAUAUAUAUAUAUAUAUAUAUAUAUAUAUAUAUAUAUAUAAAUAUAUAUAUUUAUAUAUAUAUAUAUAUAUAUAUAUAUAUAUAUAUAUAUAUAUAUAUAUAUAUAUAUAUAUAUAUUUUAAAUAAAACAAUAGAUAAAACCAGAUCAGACCAGCUGAUCUGAAAACUCCAGUCCACCAUCUUUAACUGAGCACAGUACUCCACCAUGGGUCCAUGUUUGAUAAAACCGCAGCAUGUUCUGCAUUUCUCUGUAGUACUUGAAGUCAAUCAGAAUCCUCGCUUUGAUGGUUCUGCUCAGCAGCAGCACCGGGUCACAGUCCACACCGUCCUCCACUUUCAACUUCCUGCUCAUGUAGAUCACCAAUUUUGAAUGUCCCAGCACAAAGUUCAACAUUUGGCAUUUUUCUUUUUGAGCUCUUUUGUAUUUAAAACCAAGAAUGAACGUCUUAAAAGAAAACACCUCGUCUGCUCUCCUGAACACACAGUCCAUCAGUGUGAACAGAGGAGCGAGGCGAGGACACUCAGUGAAGCAGUGGAUGAUGGUCUCCACUGCUCCACAGAACGGACAGUUGUUCUGGACUGCUGAGUUCAUGAUGGAAAUAAAAGAGUUUACAGCUAAAAUCCCAUAAAUUAGUCUCCACUGGAGGUCAGCCACCCUCUUGGAGAGUGGAGGCUUGUACAGGCUCCUCCACUCAGCCUGGACCUUGUCCCCCAGGACCAGCCGAGCCCUCCAGGGGGACCGGAUGUGUUGCUGCAGUCUCUCUCGGUUUAUCGUCCUCACCAUCAGAGCCGAGAGAGCCUUUCCCUCGGCCUUCUCCAGGCUCACCUCCUGCUGCAGGUCUGGUCCCGGACGGAUGAUGAGGGGGGGGAACGGUAGGUUGGGACAGGGGGCAGUCCGUUCCUGUCGCUGUUCUCCCAGCAGUUGCCGGUCUCGUCCCGUCAGGCAGGUCCUCCAGUGGCUCAGCAGUCGGCUCAUGUUCCUCCUCGAUCUCCAGCCCAAGCGCCUCGCCAGCUCCUCCGUCUCCUGCAGGUCGGGUCCGGUGAUGUCCAGCAGGGUCCCCAGCGUGGUGAUCCCCGCUGUCCUCAGGUCCUCGGCCACCGCUGCUCCUGCCCAGGGGGGGUUGCUCAGCAGGCCUCCACGGCCCAGCGGCUCCUUCAGCAGCCAGCAGCAGGUUUGGUGCUGGACCCUCUGCCUCCACAGCAGCUUCCACACGCUGAACACACCUCGGUAAAACACUGGCAGGGAUAAAAAACUCACAGUCUUAAAAUCCAAUAAAAACACAGACUCCUGUAGGCCGAGGCCGCCCACGCUCCGCAGAAUCAGCCGAGCCAGGGGCCUCCACACCAGGUCCUGGGGCCCGUACAGCAGCCGCUGGAUAAACUGUAGUCUGAACGCUGCCCCCCUGCUGGCCAGGUGCACCAGCCCCUGACCUCCCUCUUCCACAGGGAGGAACAGCACCGCCUGUGGGAGCCAGUGGAGCUUGUCCCAGAAAAAGUCAAUUAAAACAGUCUGGACCCUGGAGAGCAGGUUAGGGGGAGGGUCGACAACAGCCAACCUGUGCCACAGGAAGGACGACACCAGGUUGUUAAUGAUCAGGGUCCUCCCCCUGUACGACAUGGACGGCCGCAACCACCUCCACCUCUUCAGUCGGCCCUCAACAGCCUCAAGGACCCCCUCCCAGUUUCUCUUUAAAAACUGUUCAUCCCCUAAAAACACCCCAAGAUAUUUAAGCCCCCCCACUGUCCACUGGAGCCCCCCAGGAAGAACCAGCCCCCCCAAGGAGUCCCUGUUUGUGGUGAAGGCCACACUCUUGGCCCAGUUGACCCUGGCUGAAGACAGUUUGUUAAAAAGAUUUACUUUGUCCUCUAAAACCUGAAUGUCUUUCUGUGUAUUUAAAACCACCAUGAUGUCGUCAGCGUAUGCUGUCAGUUUUAUCGCUGAAGGACAUCCUGGGAACAGAACUCCUGUCAGAGUCCUCCUCAUUCUUUCUAAUAGCGGUUCUAUCGCUAGAGAAUAGAGCAUUCCUGAUAAGGAGCAACCCUGUCGAACCCCUCUUUGUACGCAGAAGGGAGCAGCCAGACCACCAUUAAUCUUGAGUAUGCUCGCAACGUCACGGUACAUAACCCGUCCGUAAACAGUGAAUGGUCUUCCUUUGUCCAUUUUUCCGCUCCAACCCAAAGAAGAAGCGAGAUGGGGCGUCCAUCUGUGUGAUGUUCAUGAAACGAGACCUGACCAGAGCCCCCUGUGCUGAGACGCCUAGCAGGUUGGCUAAUGCCGACUUUUUGGACUUGAGGGAGUCUAAAAGCCCUCGAUUUGCUGUAGAGUCUGCAGUAGUCUGCAGCUCUACCACCUGUGACUCCAGGUCUUUAAUGGACCGAGCUAAGUCUGUAGUGACACCGCGAGUGAACUGCUGGCUGAGCUGUUUUAUCUGGGCUUUCCCAAAAUCCCACCACUGUUGUAUGUUAGUGAAGGCAGGCCUGCUCUCUCUGUGGGAUUCCCAAAAAAACCUAAAAGCAGUUCUAAAAGCCUGCUCAGAUAAAAGGGCUGUGUUAAAAUGCCAAUAGGCGCUCUUUAAACGAAUGUUUUUAAUAAAAACACGACAGGAGACUAAAAAAUGAUCCGUAAAACCAACUGGCAGCAUUAAACACCUUUUAAAAAUGUUUAAAUGGUGUUUAAAAGAGUAAAAACGGUCCAGUCUGGCUAGAGUUAAAACCCCCUCCCUACUGUGACUCCAGGUGAACUGUCUUUGCUGACUGUUAAAAACCCUCCACACAUCACUCAGCUCCUGACUCUCUGUCAGCCGCCGGAGUGUGUGUGAUGAGGGUGGGUGUGGUUCAGGAUGGUUCCUGUCCAGGGAUGGAUCAACUGUGCUGUUAAAAGCCCUCUUCCAGUCACUCUCAUUAUCUAAGCUGCUGUGGGUUUCUUGGACAAAAAUGAUAUCUAUUUUUUUAGUCUCCAUUAAUUUAAAAAGAGCGGCGCGUUUAAAAUCAGCCCUGGCCCCGUUCAGGUUUAAGGUGCUGAUAUUAAAAUCACACAUGGAUAAAAAAUAAAAAACACUCAGGAGAACAGUCAGUGAAGGGUAAAAGCAUCUCAAACUCAUCUUCGUCACUGAUGAAUUGCUCUUUUACCCUCCCUAAAACCUUUUUGAGUCUGAAGACCUCUUGUUCUGUUAAAACCUCCUCCCCAUGGCUCUUCCUGGUGAGGGGUCUGGCAGACUUCAUAAAAGAGCGCAGGUCUGGGUAAUACUCUUUUAUAUUGGGCUGCCUGGAGCCUUUAAUCUGUGCCAGGAAGGUUUUGAUCUGAGCCGGGGAGUACGGCGACUGAGAGUCCUGGGUAAAAGAGAAGUCCCUCUCUGACUCUGGGGUCUUCCUCAUGAUCGGUUUUCUCGUUUUUUUGUUCUUUUUAACAGUCACAAUGUUUUUCCUUUUUUGAGACACUUUAAGAUGUUCAUCAUCAGAC